UAUCGAGUCAAUCAAGUCCGUGAAGUAGUAAAAAACGACCAAAUAAACCAUUUAACAGGUAAACAACCAGUUACCCGGUUAUAUACUUACGUGGAUGUUCCACAUGGCAAUUUGUUACUGUUUUCGUAUUUUUUAUAAUUUUCUUUUGUUUUCUUUUUCUUUUUUUUCCUCUCUCUUCUUUUUUCUCUUUCUUUCUCUUUUUUCUUUCUUUUCUGGUCCGCUCAUCUCCUAUCCAGACUCCUUCCCCAAGCUUGUGAGGUCUGUUUUUUCAAUUUCAACCACCUCCCACCAUUCUUCCGAUUCCACCAUUUUUACCACCUCCGUCACCUCUAACUACUCCGCCACCUCCAACACCACCGUCGCUGUCGGCUGGCCUUCAUAGCCACAUCCUCCGGUCUCCACUUCAUCUCCGCCGCCCCUUAGCCCAAACCUCCAUACACACAGCCUCCGGUCUACACCUCCGCCUCCUCCGGCCAAAACCUCCGCCGCCCCUACCUGCAUUUAAACCGCCUCAGACCAGUCCGACAACCACUAUUGCGGUCUCCACCUCCAACCGCCAUGGCUUUCAUAGUCAUCACCUCCGCCGUCCCUACCUCCAUAUUCACUACCUGCGCAGCCCCUCCUCUAACUCUGCCACAUUCAGUCAAACAUCCUCCGCCGCACGAACCUCCACAGACUGGAGUUACAGUACACGCACAAGGAACCAAGGAAAGAGAAAACAAAAGAAAUAGAAAACAAAUAAGAAAAGAAAAAGAAAAGUUAAAAAAAAAUGUAAACAUAAGCCAUCUGGACAGUAUAACCGGAAAACCGAAUGCUAACCGGUUAAAGAGUCAAUUUGAUGAUUUUUUGAUAAUAUGAGGACUUGAUUGAUUCAUUUUAUAGUAUGUGGACUUAAUUGACUUUUUAGUAAAAGUAGAUGGACUUAUUUGACAGUUUUCCCUUCUAUAUUUCUAUUCAGGCCCGUAU